AUGGCCCUGCAGGCCGCGGCGGAAAUCCUAGGCCUCGCCAGCUCGGCGGCAGCGGCCGCUGCGCUGUGCGCGCUGGCCCUGCUCCUCCGGGCGCUCGGCGCGCGUGGCGCCCCUCCGCGGCGGGCCGCUGUGCCGAAGGGGCCGGGCCCGCUCGGCGGCGGCGCUGGCGCCCCGCUCCCCGAGGGGCAGGGGCAGGCCCUGCGGGCGGCUCCUGCGCGGCGCUGGAGCGGCCAGGACCCGGGCGCCGACGUCGAGGCCUUCCUGGAGCGGGUGGGGCGCCAGUGCGACCUGGAGCUCCGCGCCCUCUGCGAGAGCGCCGUGGACGCCCAGAGCGCCCAGGUCAUGCGGGACCUCGAGGACGAGUUCGGGGGCGGUCUGGUGGAGCCCGCCGGCCCCGAGCCUGGGCUGGACUUCUGGGCGAGCGCCAGGCCGGCCACCAGCGAGGCGCUCGAGGGCUCGUGCAGGCACGCCGUCGAUGCUAUCGACGGGGCGCUUGACUGCGUGGGCGCCGCAGUGCUCAAGGGCCUCGAGGAUGGGGAGUACGCAGGCUCCUGCACGCUGCACGACGACGCGCAGGGCGACUGCGCGUGUGAAGUGGGUGUGCUGUCGAGGCAGGCCGCAGGUGCCCAGGUCGCCGCUGGGCACGCCGGGAGCACCGGCGACACCGUCGCCGCAGCUUCCGAGCGGCACCGCGCGGCCGGAGGAUGA